GCAAAAAAAGCAUCAGACCUACCGCAGACAUUGCAGGCCCGAAAAAAGCACCUUUUCUGCUGCCAUGACAAUCAUGCAAGGAAUGGAACAGGCUACGCCAGGGGCUGGCCUUGGUGUGCCCCAGUUGGGAAACAUGGGUGUCAUACAUUCAUAUCUGUGGAAAGGAUUGCAAGAGAAGUUCUUGAAGGGGGAACCCAAAGUCCUUGGGGUUGUGCAGAUUCUGACUGCCUUGAUGAGCCUUAGCAUGGGAAUAGUAAUGAUGUGUGUGGCGUUUAGUUCUUAUGAAGAACGUCCCAUUUCUGUGUAUGCUGGGUACACAAUUUGGGGGUCCGUGAUGUUUAUUAUUUCAGGAUCCUUAUCAGUUGCAGCAGGAAUUAGAACAACAAAAGGUCUGGUCGGAGGUAGUCUAGGAAUGAAUAUCACCAGCUCAGUCUUUGCUAUAACAGGGAUCUUAAUCAAUGCAAUAAGCUUGACGUUUUAUUCAUUCAGUUACCAUUACUGUAACCGGAACCAGUUGUCAAAUAAUUGUUACAUGACUGUGUCCAUUUCAAUGGGUAUGGAUGGCAUGGUGCUCCUCUUAAGUGUGCUGGAAUUCUGCAUUGCUGUGUCCCUCUCUGCCUUUGGAUGUAAAGUGCUUUGUUGUAGCCCCGGUGAGGUUGUGCUAAUUAUACCACCAAAUUCUCACAUGGCAGAAGCAGCAUCUCCCACACCACUUAAGACAGUUUGAUGUCACCAAAAGAUCAAUAGAAGAAUGCUCCAGAAAUCUAUGCUGACUGUAACACAAGACCCCCACAAGAGAAAGUACCAGAAUCCAACUCCAAUACUGAUAGACAUAUUCAUAUCAUUAUUAUAUGUAAUCCAGUUACGAACUGUGUGUGUGUGUGUAUGUGUGUGUGUGUGUAUAUAUAUAUAUAUAUUCAAAAUUAUGUUCUCAUUUUCCCCUGGUAUUCAACAACUCAUUUAACUGGCUUUUUAUCGAGAGUACUAGAAGUUAAAUUAAUAAAUAAUGCUUUUAAUGAGGCAACAGUACUUGAAGCACUUUUCAUUCAUCAUCAGGACUUUAUAUAAAGGCAUUGAACUAGCAAAUAAGAUUUGGAAGUAGAAAGGCAAAAAGGUAUUGCUAAAAUGAGGCCUCCAUGCAAAACACACAAGCUCCCCUGUAUAACAUUCCUCCCACUUACUUGACUUGUUUUCUGCCAUAUUUGGGGACCAAAGUGCUUUUUCCUUCAUGAAGUGGAGAUUCUUAAUCUUCUCCCCUUCCCCUUUUCCUUCUGCUUUCCUUCACCCAUAGAAAGUACUUUGGAAUAGCAUAGUCAGCCCUUGCACGUGCACAAGCUAUCAUUUGAGUAAAAGUAUACAUGGAGUAAAAAUCACAUUAAGGAUCAGAUUCAACUUAUAUUUUCUAUUUCUUCUUCUUCCUCUCCUUUCCCCAACCUUCUGCUGGGCAGAAUUAUAUCUUGAUCAAAUGUGUAUCCUGUGCCAUAUAUGGAAACGUGCACCAUAUGGUAUUUGUUAAAUGUUCAUUAAUUACAUUUGCUUUUUUAUUUCAGAGCAAAAAUAAAAUUAGAAGCAAUACUU